AUGGAUUAAUAAACAUAGCCUGUGUAAAUUUCUUUUGGUGAAUAAAAUUGCAGAUGCGUUUCAAAUAUUGUAAUCAACAAAAGACACAUAUUCGCAGUUGGAACUUGGAAUGCUAAGAAAAAUAAUGAAGUAACAAUGAAUUUUAAUUUAUCUACAGAUAUAUGUGAAUGAAUAUUUAGAAUUGGAAUAAAAGAUAAUACAAUUACAUAAAAUACCAAUAAAUGGAAUGGUAGAGAAGAUCAUAGCAAAAAAAGAGUAAUUAUAUGUUAUCUACAUUGAUCGUAUUGACUAAUUAUUAAACUGUAGCAUAAUAAAGAAAGACAAAGCUUUGUUGCAUAGAAUUAGCUGAGAAUGGAAGAUAUCAAGUAAAUUUCGAUUUAUUGUAUGAAGGAUUAACAAAGUAUUACUUUUAAUUUAAUAUCAUAGUGUCAUUUGUCCAGAAGAUGAAUCAAUUAUCUAUUUGAGUUCCAAUAAAUCCAUUAUUCAAUUUGAUUUGAAUAAACAAUCAUUUGACAAUAUCAUUGAUGACAAUGAUCUCUAUAAUUUAUGUGAAUAAGACCCACAUCAUAAGAAUUUAUUUGUUAGAUCCUAAAACAAUUAUUUAUGCAUUUAAGAUACAAGAGAAAAAAAGUAAUUCAAAUUAUCAUCAUUAGAGUAAACAAAUUCAAAGCACACAGCCUUUAAAUAUUAGAUAUAGAUUUCAAUCCAAAUAAACAAUACUACCUUAUAACUGGUGGUGAAGAUUGUUUGGCCAAAGUUUGGGAUAUUCGUAAAACCCAAUACGCAAUUAAAUCUUUUGAAGACUUGUAGAAUUCAGUAUUAUAAGCAAAAUUUAAUAAAUUUCAUGACUAAUUAGUUUCAUUAUCAUGUAAAUUUAAAUUUCAAUAUAUUUAGUUGAUGAUGGCACUAUUUCAUUAUAUAAUAUUACAUCUGUUUCCUCUGUUCCUUAAUUGAAUAAGGAAGAUGAUUACUUGGUAAAAUAGUAUGAUGAACAUGAAGACUCUAUUUACGGGUUAAGUUGGUCAAGAGGAACUGCGUGGGUUUUGGCGUCUAUUGGAUAUAGUGGUCAUAUGAUAAUAAACACAGUUCCAACAACCGAGAAAUAUAAAAUAUUAUUGUGAAAAUUGUG